AUGUUUGAAGUGAACGUGGCACCCGGUGACCUUGGCUUUAGGUUGCAUCUUGAGCCAUAUUUUGACAUCUCUCCAUGUAACUCAAGCCUUGUGACUGGUCCUUUCGGAGUAGAAGACGAUGCCCUCACGGCACCAUUGCCUUACCACUCUGACUCACGAGUCCAUCCACUGUAUGCCAGACUGUCUUCUCCGAUUAACCACGCUUUCAUUGGUCCCUAUCUUCAGGUCAGGUUGAGAGGAAAAUCUAUGAUAACAGGAUUUGUGACAAAGGGGAGACCCGGAUUGGGACAAUACAUAAAAACAUACAGGGUUCAAUAUAGCAACACUGGUACCGAAUGGAGGGAGGUCAAGGACAUCAACGGGGCCGUCAAAAUAUUUACCGGGAACAUGAACACUAAGAGUCUUUCUGAAUCAAUCCUUCACUUGGCAAUUACUGGUUCGUGGAUCCGCGUAGUCCCGAUGACUUGGAAAAUCGCUGCUGCAUUCCGUGUUGAAAUUCUUGGUUGUCCAAUUUUCCAGCCAGGAACUCGGACAUGUUGGAAGGCAAACAACGUGACAGGAAUCCCAACUUUCGACAUCUUUAGUACAACCAAGACAAAUCUGGGCGAGUGUGGAAAGGAAUGUCACGGACAUGAUGAGUGCCAUGGUUUCACCUUCAACCACGUGUCUGGUCUAUGUCAAGGUCACAGCCAUAGUAACUACCUGAACGUCACAUUACAUCCAAUUAAAGGAGCUGAUGGUAGUAGCUCUUCACUUCUGUUUGGGAAACAGGAGGCGUGCCCGUAAUCUAGAGAAGUGUCCAAGUGACAGGGACGUGAACAAUAACGUUAUGUUUUACUUUUCUCUUGAUUUUCUGCUCAUUGACCUGUUUUUAAUUAUCUAUAAGAAUGUAGUAUUUGAAAGUCCAGCUGCAUCAAACCGUGCAUCAUAGGAGAUGACUGACCUGGGGUCCCAGAGGGAUCAUUAUACACUGUAAAUCGUAAAAGAUAACUGAACGUGGGGUCCCUGUGGGAUCUAUUCACACUGAAAACCAUAAGAGAUGACUGACCCUAGGGUCUCUGUGUUGUAAUUCAUAAGAGAUGAUAGACCGUGGGAUCUCUGUGGGAUCAGUACACACUGUAAAUCGUAAGAGAUGACUGACCGUGGGGUCUCUGUGGGAUCAAUACACACUGUAAAUCGUAAGAGAUAACUUACCGUGGGGUCUCAGUGGAAUACGUAUAUACUGUAAAUAGUAAGAGAUGACUGACCGUUGGGUCUCUGUUGGAUAAGUAUUCACUGUAAAUCGUAGGAGAUGACAACGCUGGGUAUAUGCAGGGUUGGCUUGAUUAAUUUGGAAUUCUCCAAAACUUGUGUGCAGAGGUAGCAUCAUUUAGCAUUUUGGUCGUGUUCUAUACAGAGGUAUUUUCCUUUAUGCUGUUACUCAUAAAGUUCAGAUCCGUACAUUUUAAAUGUAAUAUUGAAAUAAUUAGAAAGAUCUUUCCAUACCUGUUUCCCACAAAAUUCGUGCUUCGUGGCAGCUUAUUAAUAAAUCUGCGUCAAUAGCAUGACGGUAAUUGAUAUUUGUUGUAAUAGCUUGGAAAGGGCUUAGUUUGAUGUACGAUCCUUUUGAAAUAUUGAAAGUCAUUAACAUUUUGUUGAAAUUGAAAUCAAAAUUGGAAAGACUUGGGUUCUUAUAUUAAAUCAAAAGGUAUGACAUGUCAAAGCUUUAGAAAAACUGUAUUGUCUUAUUUAUUGUAAAUAUUUACUUAACCAUUUAAUAUAGACUUAUUGAUAUAAAUCGUACUAGUUCUUUGAUUAUAUACAUGUAUUACCUACAUUGUUAAAUAGUAUUUAGGAUAUGUAUAUGUUUAUUUCACUGUGUCUAUAGUAUACAGUACGAUUUGUACGCUACACUGUGUUAUAGAUGCUACUUGUACCUUCUCUGGUUGUUUGUAAAUAUGUGUUUAUUUUAAUUGGAAAAUAAGGAACUUUAUUUACAUCACGAUGCUCCCAUGUUGAUAAGUAACAAACAUCUAUAAAUCUGUUCACAUAUGCCAGUGGUUCAAGGGCGGAAACCCUGACAGAAAUGUAAAAACCUUGCAACUUUAUUUGUGAAAAAAGUUUUUUUCUGGAAUCAUUUUGAAGAGAGAUGUGUUAUAAUAUUUUGUUUACAAGUUGUUGUUGGCUUUAUUGCCAAUACCAGGUAAGAAUGUGACAGCUAAAUACUUUGGAUCUUAUGUGAUUGAGACAAAGGUCGAUGAUUUAAAUCAUAUUGCUCAAACCCAAGGUAGGCACAAGAAAACUCAAAUGUGUUAUAUCAAUGUGCUCAAAAAGUAUGUAGAUAAAGUAGAGGGCAAAACCCUCAACUUCUGGCUACUUAGGCCUCUGUACCAUCGCAAUGUGAAGGUGCAGCUGGUAUUAGUCAAGAAGUGUGUUAGGGAAUUCUAGACAAGAGAUGGUCGGGGAAUGUAUCUGAAAUAUUUGACAGUAUGAUAUGGAUACCAUGAGAGACAAAUAUAUAUUCAGCAUUGGUUUACACUUGUCAUGGCGAGCUUUUUUGUAGGAUUAUUAAUUGCCUGGAAGUGAGAACUAUGGGAUUUAUAAACAUUCUCAAUUCUGUAGAAACGGAUAGUAAAGGAUCACCCAAUGACAUCUGUUUUAAGAUAAGCAAUUAACAGUGUUGAUGUUAUACACCAUCUUGUACACCAUUUAAUAGUAAUUGUGAAUUAUCUCUGUAACGUGUUGAUUUUUGUAUAUAUCAUUAAAUUGUGGUUUAAACUUA